GUGACCCCACUCACAGCACUGAAGUUUGCAGAGCUGACACUGAAGGCUGGCAUUCCCAAGGGUGUGGUCAACAUCCUCCCAGGAUCUGGCUCGCUGGUUGGCCAGAGGCUCUCAGACCACCCUGAUGUAAGGAAAAUAGGGUUCACAGGCUCCACAGAGGUGGGAAAACACAUCAUGAAAAGCUGUGCCCUGAGUAAUGUGAAGAAAGUCUCCCUGGAGCUGGGUGGAAAAUCACCCCUUAUCAUCUUUGCUGACUGUGACCUCAACAAGGCUGUGCAGAUGGGCAUGAGUUCCGUUUUCUUCAACAAAGGGGAGAACUGCAUUGCGGCAGGCCGGCUCUUUGUGGAGGACUCCAUCCAUGACCAGUUUGUGCAGAAAGUGGUGGAGGAGGUGGAGAAGAUGAAAAUCGGCAACCCCCUGGACAGAGACACCAACCAUGGUCCGCAGAACCACGAGGCCCAUCUGAAGAAGCUGAUGGAGUAUUGCCAACGUGGUGUGAAGGAAGGGGCCACACUGGUCUGUGGUGGGAACCAAGUUCCAAGGCCAGGCUUCUUCUUUCAGCCAACCAUUUUCACAGAUGUUGAGGACCACAUGUACAUCGCUAAGGAGGAGUCGUUUGGGCCCAUCAUGAUCAUCUCUCGGUUUGCUGAUGGGGACGUGGAUGCUGUGCUGUCUAGGGCCAAUGCCACAGAAUUUGGUCUGGCCUCUGGUGUCUUCACCCGGGAUAUCAACAAGGCCCUGUAUGUCAGUGACAAACUGCAGGCGGGCACUGUGUUCGUCAACACAUACAACAAGACUGAUGUGGCUGCACCUUUUGGAGGAUUCAAACAGUCUGGAUUUGGCAAAGACCUGGGAGAGGCGGCCCUGAAUGAGUACCUGCGGAUCAAGACUGUGACUUUUGAGUACUGAGGCCAAGUCUCUGUGAUACUUCUUCUGUACCCUGUUGGCCUCCUCUCAGGGAGCCCUGGCUGAUCUGGUGGCUUAGCACGUUCUUGUCCCCAGCACUGCUCCAGCUGCUGGAGCUACCCACCUGGACCCCUGCUGGUGACAGGACACCCUCCAAACAAUCAGAAGUGGCACCAAGUGGAGUGAGCAGUCAUGUCCCGCAUGAAUAAAUAUUAUGAACAGAGGUCACCUGCA